AUGGCUCGCGUGGCUUCAAACCCAGUUGGUCUCCAUAGAUUCCGGCCAUGUUUCCAGGUUGCUCAGCUUCCCCAACAUGCUAGAACCUCUCUUCACUUCCGAAACGAGCACCGCAGAUUUCGAACCGUUUCUUGCCAACAAACCCCAGAUCCAACCGAGACCUCCACAACGGAGAAAUCGAUUGUUGAGCCAGGCUCAGGCAAUGAUAGCAGUAGCCAAGCUACGAGUUCCUCAAGAGACUCUGGCCCUCCAGAGUUUCCGAACAAAAAUACCAACAAGCAUGUAGCAUUGGUUUCUACUCUUGCAGCACUAGCACUUUUCUUAUCAGGACGACUAGAUUUUGGUGUUUCUUUGAAGGACUUAUCUGUUGCUGCCUUACCUUAUGAAGAGGCUCUGUCAAAUGGGAAGCCUACUGUUGUUGAGUUCUAUGCCGAUUGGUGUGAAGUAUGCAAGGAAUUAGCUCCAGAUGUCUAUAAAGUUGAGCAGCAGUAUAAGGGUCGUGUAAAUUUUGUUAUGCUGAAUGUUGACAACACAAAGUGGGAACAGGAGCUUGACGAGUUUGGUGUUGAGGGUAUUCCACACUUUGCAUUCCUAGAUAAAAAGGGCAAUGAAGAGGGUAACGUAGUAGGCAGGCUUCCAGAGAAGUACCUGCUUGAGAAUGUGGAUGCCCUUGCCCGUGGAGAAGCCUCCAUACCGCACGCUCGUGUAGUGGGGCAGUUUUCAAGUGCUGAGGCCCGAAAGGUUCACCAAGUUGCCGAUCCAAGAAGUCAUGGAUAG